AGAGUGAAGGUCCAUGUACCCAUCUGACUGUCGUUGCCACCUACUGAUUGGACUCUGAUGCCGCGGUCGCUGGAGGCCGAAGCCUCUCUGCGCGUCUUCGCGAAGGCCAAGUUGCCGCUGGACGCGCUCGGCCGCGUGUUCUCCUUCUCUUGGACGCUGCGUGAUGCGCUAGAGGACGAAUUGGCGGACGCGGUGACGGUAUUGCUGACCACGCGCGACUCUCCGUGCUCUCCAGGACUUGCGGACAGCGUGGCCGCCUCGGGCCAAUUACACAUGCUGCAACUGCUUCACAACUUCCAUGCCGAGGGUUUCACUACUGAUGCGAUGGACGGUGCGGCUUGCAGUGGGCAUCUGGAUGUGGUACGCUUCCUGCACUCAAACAGGAGCGAGGGCUGCACUAAACGAGCGAUGGAUGGUGCCCUGGACGCUCAUCACUUCGAUGUGGUGCACUUCCUCAUCCAACAUCGACCUGAGAAGUGGUCGGGACGGGCAACUCGCUGGGCGGUCGAGAACGACGACUUGCAGGCUAUUAGAGACAUCCUCAAAAGGAACAGGGACACCCCGACAGCCGAGGCUAAAGUCGUGGCAUACAAACAGAAGCAGACGGAGAUGCUCAAGGUUUUGUACGAAGAAGGCACGGACACACGCCCGUCGUACACUUUAGUGCACGCCUGUGCGGACAGAGACCUGGAGAUGGUCAAGUACUUCACCGCGAGGAGCGAGGGCUUCGUCAAGAGCGCAAUGUCUGAGGCUAUAGCUGCAGGAGCGCUAGGGAUUGUCAAGCAUCUGCACGAAAAUGUAUCUCAGAGAUACACUGAGGCUAGUAGAGUGGUGCCAAUGCAGGAGGCGGCACUGAAAGGACAGUUCAAGGUGCUGCAGUACUUGAAUGAGCACGCGCCGGAGUUGUCGUGCACUACCAAAGCCAUGGAUGAUGCUGCAGCGGGUGGUUACUUGGACAUUAUCAAGUAUUUACACGAGAAUCGAGAGGAAGGGUGCACCUCUCGCGCAAUGGAUCGCGCUGCUACAAAGGGGCAUCUCGAUGUGGUGAAGUUUCUUCAUGAAAAUAGACAAGAAGGGUGUACGACUCACGCUAUGGACUACGCGGCGCUAUGGGGUCACAUUGAUGUCGUACGCUUUCUCCAUGAGAACCGACAGGAAGGCUGCACUGCAAGAGCCUUCAAUGAAGCUGCCCUGCGUGGACACGUGCAGGUGGUCGACUUCCUCAUUCACAAUCGACCAGAAAGCUGCAAUAUCGCCCACGGGAUGAAGCUGGCACGGCAGCGAAAGUGCCAAGCAGUGCUUGAACUAUUGGAGUCCUACCAAGCGGCAUAACUCUCGCAACACUUGAUUCCACUGUACUGUACAUAUAUUUCAUGCAACUUUUGUCACUUUACCAUUCGAGUUUGCUUUCUUUGGUUAUUUUCGAUGAAACAAUUGCUUUCGACGACUG